UCUCUGUUGCAGCUUACUCUCUGCCUUAUUUAAACCAAUAAAUUGACUAGAUGGGUAACGUUGACCCUACAUUCAAAGUUUAAUUUUUGACAAGAAGACAUCUAAAGACAAGCAGAUAUAGUAAUGGCUGAUCUGUCACCUACAGAAGUUGAAAAAGCUGAGUUUGCUUUCUCUAUCUAUGAUGCUGAUGGCACAAACAUAAUUGACUGUGUUGACCUUGGAAAUGUUUUUCGAGCUUUAAAUUUGAAUCCCACUAAUGCAUCUAUUGACAAAUGGGGUGGCACCAAGAAAAGAGGGGAGAAAACAAUGACACUUGAAGAAUUUUUGCCUUUAUUCAGUGAUGCAAAGAAAGAUAAAGAACAAGGUGUUUAUGAAGAUUUUAUUGAAUGUCUAAAGUUAUACGACAAACAAGAAAAUGGUACUAUGCUAGGAGCAGAAUUAUCACAUAUUUUGAUGACUCUGGGUGAAAAGUUGACUGAGUUAGAAACUGAAAUAGUACUAGGAGAAUGUAUGGAUCCCGAAGAUGAUGAAGGAUUCAUUCCUUAUGGUCCAUUUUUGAAACGUUUGUGUGAAAGAGCGGCGACAGAAUGAGAAGAAGUAUUUUCAUAUCUUGAAGCUGAACCACCUACUUUCUUAAUGCAUUGUACGAAUUUAUCAACUUGCUAUUUCUUGCUUUGUAUGAAGAUAAAAGCUGCAUCUCAUCUAUGUUUAUCAAACGCUUACAAAUUCAGGAAAUAAGAGUUAACUGUUAAAGUAAAUCGUUUAGUCACCUUUCUUUUCCUAUGUCUAUGUUCUAAAUGUCGUUAAUAAAUACUUUUUACA